AGGCGAGCGCCUCUUUGGCAGGUGACGAAAUCGGAAGAAAGAAGGGUCGAGCGCGCGCUUCUUCCUUGGGGAGCUUUUCGGGAGCUGGGACGCAGCGUGGUGAUGGAAGGGGAAUUGACCGAAGUGUGUGGAUGGGUUGAUGGGAAGUAGGCGAAGGUUUCUUCCCGUCAGGAUGCAAAAGCAACAUAUCUUGGAAGGAUUUGAACACAGAGAGGAUCUGUUUAGCAAUGAUGAAUGCAGAUAUGGAUGCUGUUGAGACUGAAAAUCAAGUAGAAUUAGAAGAAAAAACACGACUUAUUAAUCAGGUUUUGGAACUGCAGCAUACACUUGAAGAUCUGUCUGCAAGAGUAGAUGCCGUUAAAGAAGAAAAUUUGAAACUGAAAUCAGAAAAUCAAGUUCUUGGACAAUAUAUAGAAAAUCUCAUGUCUGCCUCUAGUGUUUUUCAGACUACUGACACAAAAAGCAAACGAAAGUAAGGCACUGGUAACCAAACUAUACUAUUGUAUUGCUGCUGCUUUUGUUUAAUUUUAAAUUGCAUAAGGCUACAUAAUACUCUAGUUUGUAUCAUCAUUGAAGAUCUGAAGAUUUAAUGGUAGUUCUAGACAUUUUAAAAUUUUUUAAUAAACUGGACAGUGCAAGUCUGUAAUGUCAGCUUUCAGCAAGAUAGCAUAGAGAAACUAUAUUUAUUACUAGCACAGUCUGAAUACAAGUGCUUUUGAAAAUCAAUUCUGCUUUUAUGGUUAAUGUCAUACAUGGUCAAGUACUUUAAUUAUCAUGGUUUUUAUAGUAAUACUAUUUGCUAGCAAAAUAAUACAGUGUUGUGCAGAGUGGUAUGAAGAUACUUAAUUGAAAUGAGUUAUUUGCAUGACUUCUCUUUGUUUCCAAAAAAGUUGAACAUUCUUCAUCUCUUCUGCAUCCUUCUUCAUGAAAAUCUGUGCUAAUUCUUCCAGUUGAAGAGAAAUAGUUUAGCUUGCUGGGGGGUGGAGGAUAAUUCUUUAAAAUUAGGAUGUAGUAAUAUAAUGCAUCACUUGCAAAAUUGUAAAGAGGAAAAAGAACACUCCAAAACCUGGCAUACCACUCUCCAGAAUUAAUAAAUUAUAAUUUUAAAAAUGU